CUUUAAAAGAGUUGUUUGUGCUAUGAUUAAGCCAUGGUCGUGUUUGUAAAGGUCAUUCUUUUAUUUUCUUCAGCACAUCUGUCAUGGACUUUGGAGGGGGGAAAUCUUUGUUAUAGAAACGUAUCUAAAAGUGGCAAGAUUGUGUCGCAGAAAGAGUGUUGCACCGGAUCCAUGGAAAAAAAUAAUAUGUGUAUAGAAUGUUUGCCUGGAUUUCAUGGACUAAAUUGCAACAGUACAUGUCCAUCGGGGUAUUACGGUGCAAAGUGUCGGGCUUCAUGUCAAUGUGAUGAUGAUACAGAAUACUGCCAUCAUGUGUGUGGUUGUGUCGUACAAACACCUGUACCUGACAACAGUACAACAGAUCUCAACAGUUCGGACCCAGUACCGACACAGUCACUGUGUUUAAUUUCUUUAGAUGCUACCUAUGGUUUAGAUACGACAGCUACAAAUGGAUUAGAUAAUCCAGAAAUGGGUAAAUAUCAAAGUUCUCCUGUAAACUUUCUAUUUGUCGUUAUGUUUGUAUAUUGCCCAUUCUUUAUAUCAUACUAUCUUUGACGUCAUAAAGUUUUGAGAUAUUUCAUGCGUCAUUGUAUUGCAUUCUCGUACAAGAGAGUCUCGGUUUGCCUUAGUCAGAAGAUAUAAAUGUAAAUCUGGCGAUGGUUU